GUCAGAUCUUGCCAGCAAACCGAAACACACCAAGUCCCAUUGAUCCUGAGACUAUCCAAGUUCCUGUUGGCUAUGAACCUGACCCUGCAGAUCUUGCUCUUUCCAGUAUUCCUGGCCAGGAGAUGUUUGACCCUCGUAAGCGCAAAUUCUCUGAAGAAGAGCUGAAACCACAGCCGAUGAUUAAGAAAGCUCGCAAAGUCUUCAUUCCAGAUGACCUGAAGGAUGACAAAUACUGGGCAAGGCGUAGAAAGAACAACAUGGCUGCUAAGCGAUCGAGGGAUGCCCGCCGGCUGAAGGAGAACCAGAUCGCCAUCCGCGCCUCGUUUCUGGAGAAGGAGAACUCGGCUCUCCGCCAAGAGGUGGCCGACUUACGGAAAGAGCUGGGCAAAUGCAAGAAUGUCCUUGCAAAGUACGAAGCUCGACACGGCCCCCUGUAA